GGAGGACCGGACAUCCCACAAUGCAACACGGCCAAAUGAAUUUCCUCCUCGACUUCAACACAUGGCCAGUAGUUGCUAAUAUUGUUCUUUUUUAACCUAAACACAACGGCCUUUUUUAAGAGUGUGUCCAUUUUCAGUCGUCUACAGAAUGAAAGUUAAACUCCUCUCAAGGAACCCGGAUGAUUAUGUCCGCGAGACAAAACUAGAUAUCCAGCGUGUUCCAAGAAACUAUGACCCAUCCCUCCAUCCGUUUGAGGUGAGCAGAGAGUACACCCGGGCCCUGAAUGCCACCAAGCUUGAGAGAGUGUUUGCCAAGCCCUUCCUGGCCUCUCUGGAUGGACACAGAGAUGGGGUGAACUGCUUGGCCAAGCACACCACCAACCUCUCCACCCUUUUAUCUGGCUCCUGUGAUGGAGAGGUGAAAGUGUGGAAUCUCACCAAACGUGAAUGCGUCCGCACUCUGCAAGCACAUGAAGGUUUUGUCCGUGGAAUGGUCGUACGCCAUUGUGGAACGUCUUUCUUUACGGUUGGUGACGACAAAACAAUCAAGCAAUGGAAAAUAGAGGCACCAGCUUACGGAGAGGAAGAGGAGCCGCUCAACACUAUUCUGGGCAAGACAGUCUUCACAGGACUGGACCAUCACAGGAAAGAGGGUGUGUUUGCAACAUGCGGCCAGCAGGUAGACGUGUGGGACGAGCAGAGGAGCAGCCCGAUCCGAUCCUUCACCUGGGGCGUGGACAGCUUCAGCGCCGUGCGCUUCAACCCUGUGGAGACUGAACUUCUUGCUAGUUGUGCCUCUGACAGAAGUAUAGUGCUGUAUGACAUGAGAGAACCAGCACCUCUUAAAAAGGUUAUUAUGACAAUGAGGAGCAACACAGUAUGCUGGAACCCUAUGGAAGCCUAUUACUUCACAUGUUCAAAUGAGGACUACAACCUCUACACAUACGACAUGAGGCACCUGGACAAGCCGAUCACUGUGCACAUGGAUCAUGUCUCUGCAGUGCUGGAUCUGGACUAUUCCCCAACUGGGAAGGAGUUUGUAUCUGCGAGUUUUGACAAAACCAUCCGCAUCUUCCCUAAGGACGGAGGCCACAGUAGGUUAGUGUGACCCUAAACACCAGUUAAAAACAUACACUUGAA